CCUAGAAACCAAGCAAACCGUUUUACAGCAGCGUACAUGCAUGGAACAUAGACCGAUAAUUCAAAUGCCUUGAAGAACGGGUUUAUGAAACAUUUUAUUUAAAAGAAGACAACGGUGAAAUCCAAAACAGUCAUCGGGACCAAACAACUUUUAGCACUCCCCUAAACACCUAGAGAAAUUUGUUUCAUAACGCUGAGGCAGGCUAGCAAGCUAAGCUAAAGCAAAGAUGUUUAUUUAUCUCAGUAAGAAGAUUGCGAUUCCAAACAAUACCGUUUUAAAGUGUGUGUCUUGGAACAAAGACCAAGGUUUCAUCGCAUGCGGAGGAGAGGAUGGCCUUUUAAAAGUUCUCAAACUUGAGACUUAUACAGAUGAUGCCAAACUGAAAGGCUUGGCAGCUCCCAGCAACCUCUCUAUGAAUCAGACACUGGAGGGACACAGUGGUGCAGUUCAGGUUGUGACUUGGAAUGAACAAUACCAGAAACUGACCACCAGUGACCAGAAUGGGCUCAUUAUUGUCUGGAUGCUUUACAAAGGUUCAUGGUAUGAAGAAAUGAUUAAUAACAGGAAUAAAUCUGUGGUGAGGAGCAUGAGCUGGAAUGCUGAUGGUCUGAAGAUCUGUAUUGUGUAUGAGGACGGUGCUGUGAUUGUGGGCUCGGUGGAUGGUAACAGGAUCUGGGGUAAAGAACUUAAGGGUACCCAGUUGGCACAUGUGGCCUGGUCUCCAGACAGUAAGAUCCUGCUGUUUGGGAUGGCCAAUGGAGAGAUCCACAUCUACGACAACCAGGGAAACUUCAUUAUGAAGAUGACCAUGAGUUGUUUGGCCAAUGCAACAGGUGCCCUCAGCAUAUCAGGUAUUCACUGGUACCCCGGCACAGAGGGGUAUCUGGAGCCAGACUGUCCCUGCCUAGCUGUUUGCUUCACUAACGGGCACUGCCAAGUGAUGAGGCACGAGAGUGAUGAAAGUCCUGUGAUCAUCGAGACGGGUAUGUGGCAUGUGGCCAGUAUCCAGUGGAAUCACUGUGGCAGUGUUCUAGCUAUAGCAGGAUCACUCAGAAACAGCGGAGCAGAGAAAGACAUAAAUGCUGUUCAGUUCUACACACCGUUUGGAGAGCACUUACGGACUCUGAAGGUUCCGGGCAAGCAGAUGACUGCUGUAUCAUGGGAAGGUGGAGGACUACGAAUUGGCCUAGCUGUAGAUUCUUACAUUUAUUUUGCUAACAUUCGGCCAGAUUACAAGUGGGGUUACUGCAGUAACACAGUGGUGUAUGCAUACACACGGCCUGAUAGACUGGAGUACAGUGUGGUGUUCUGGGACACUAAGAAUAAUGAGAAGUUUGUGAAAUACGUCAAGAGUCUCAUGUCCAUCACCACAUGUGGAGAUUUUUGCAUUUUGGCCACCAAAGCAGACGACACACAUCCACAGGAGGACACUGAGACUGAGGCUGGAUCAGCUACUGGAUCAGCUACGUAUGCUCUGGUGUUGUGUAACUCCAUUGGAACACCACAGGACUCUAAAUAUAUUGACAUCGACCCUCUGUUUGUCACUAUGACGAAGACUCACGUGAUUGCUGCAUCUAAGGAAGCAUUUUAUGUUUGGCAGUAUCGUGUUGCUAAGAAACUCACUGCUCUUGAAAUCAACCAGGUCGCCAAGACAAGAAAGGAAGGUCGAGAGAGGGUUUAUCACAUCGAUGACAGUCCAAGCGGAACAUCAGAUGGGACACUGAACUUUGCCAAAGCCUUCACAGCCACAAGAGAUCCGAUCUGCUGCAUUACAGCAUCAGACAGAGUGCUUCUAGUGGGCCGUGAGUCUGGUAUCCUACAGAGAUACAGCCUGCCCAACAUCACCCUCCUGCAGAAAUAUUCCCUGACCUCCAGACCGUAUCAGCUGUCCCUCAAUUGUAACUCCAGCCGGCUGGCUAUUAUAGACAUUACGGGUGUGUUGACGUUUUUGGACGUAGAGACACGGGCUUCGUCAGGGGAUGCAGAGGGCGGGUCCACAGCUGGAGAUCCAUCCAAAUUUGAGCGCAAGGAUGUCUGGGAUAUGAAAUGGGCUAAUGACAACCCAGAUCUGUUCUCCAUGAUGGAGAAAACCAGAAUGUAUGUCUUUAGAAACCUGGACCCAGAGGAACCGAUUCAAACGUCUGGCUUCAUCUGCCACUUUGAGGAUCUGGAGAUCAAAUCUGUUCUUCUGGAUGAGAUCAUGAGGGAUCCAGAGGUUCCAAAUAAAGAUUAUUUAAUAAACUUCGAGAUCCGCUCGCUGAGGGACAGCAGGGCACUUAUUGAGAAGGUUGGAAUUGAAGAUGCUUCUCAGUUUAUUGAGGACAAUCCCCAUCCACGUCUCUGGCGUCUGUUGGCAGAAGCAGCACUGCAGAAGCUGGAUUUGAAGAUGGCUGAACAGGCGUUUGUGCGCUGUAGAGACUACCAGGGCAUUGAAUUUGUCAAGAGACUGAGCAACCUACAAAGUGAAGCCAUGAAACAAGCCGAGGUAGCUGCUUACUUUAGCAGGUUUGAGGAGGCAGAGAGGAUGUACCUGGACAUGGACCGCAGGGAUUUGGCAAUAGGUUUGCGUAUAAAGCUCGGUGACUGGUUCAGGGUUCUGCAGUUGUUAAAGACCGGAUCAGGUGACUCUGAUGAUGCUCUUCUGGAGCAGGCCUACAACGCCAUUGGAGACUAUUUUGCAGACAGACAGAAAUGGUUGAAUGCAGUACAGUAUUACCUUCAGGGUCGUAAUCAGGAGCGUCUGGCUGAAUGUUAUUAUAUGCUGGAGGACUAUGAUGGUCUGGAGAGACUUGCAAACUCGCUACCAGAAAACCAUAAACUGCUACCAGACAUUGGCCAGAUGUUUGUUACCGUGGGAAUGUGUGAGCAGGCCGUCAGUGCAUUUCUGAAAUGUAACCAGCCCAAAGCAGCUGUGGAUGCCUGUGUGCAUCUAAACCAGUGGAACAAAGCUGUUGAACUUGCCAAAGACCACAGUAUGAAGGAAAUUGGCCCUCUGCUGUCCAAAUACGCCUCGCAUCUGCUGGAGAAAAACAAAACUCUAGAGGCCGUAGAGCUCUACAGAAAAGCCCAUCACUUCCUGGAUGCUGCCAAACUCAUGUUUAAGAUCGCAGAAGAAGAGGCGAAAAGGAGAACACGACCGCUGCGAGUGAAGAAGUUGUAUGUGCUUGCUGCCCUGCUGGUGGAGAACUUCCACACCCAGAUCAAAAGUUCACAGCAAAGCAAAAUCAAGGGCAAGAAAUCCGAGGCUACCAGUGCAUUAGCAGGGCUGUUAGAGGAAGAUGAGUCGUCUUCAGACAGCCGUAUCCUGGAUGACGCCUGGCGUGGGGCAGAGGCCUAUCAUUUCUUCCUGCUUGCGCAGAGACAGCUAUACGAAGGCAAGGUGGACGCAGCCAUGAGGACAGCUCUCCAUCUCCGUGACUAUGAGGAUAUCAUCCCUGCUGUGGAGAUUUACUCUCUGCUAGCCAUCUGCUCAUCUGCCAACUGUGCGUUUGGUACUUGCUCGCGCGCCUUUAUUAAGCUGGAGUCUCUGGAAACACUGACUCCAGAUCAGAGGCAGCUUUAUGAAGACCUGGCCCUGGAGAUCUUCACCAAACACAGCCCUCGAGACACCCGGCAAAGCCAGCGAGACAGUCUCACUGAUGGGCCAGAGGGCAAGUUGCCUACCUGUAUAGUGACAGGAAGAGUGAUAUCGGAGUUCCAGUUCUGGAUGUGCAGUGUGUGUAAGCACUGUGCUGUGGAGCAGGAGAUCACACAACACAACUUCUGUCCUCUCUGUCACUCCCCAGUGGGAUAG